AUGAAAAGAGUUGUCUAAAAAAUAUAGCACUUGAAGAAUAUAUCCUAAGUGAUAGCUUCGGGUGAUCAUACUGUUACAGUUAAAAAUGUAUUGAAUGCUUUAGAAAAAUAAACUAAGGAAGAUUUAAGUUAUUUGGAAAAGAAUUUGUUAAAGAUAUUUCCUCUUUUUGGCUUGAUAAAGAAAUCCUAAAAAUCCUAAUAAAAAUUUAAUGAACUCAUAUCCUAACUAUAGAUUGAACACUUCUAAAACAAUUAAGUUAUUUUUUAGAAAGGAGAUAUCGGAAGAAAGAUGUACUUUGUACUGUCUGGCCAUCUUCUGAGUUUCCCUUAUGAUUGUAGAGAUAUAAAUAACCAUACCGCAAAUAAAGAACUUAAUGUAGGAGAUCAUUUUGGAGAAAUUAGUCUUUAACAUCGAAUUCCAAGAACUCUUACAGUAAUAAGUAAAGGUGAAGUCAUUUUAUUAAGCUCAACAGUAGACAAAAUCCUAACUGACUAGUACAAAUUCAUCAGAACUUUGAGUAUCUUUUAAGAUUGGAAUGAGUUCACAAUAUAAUUGAUCUUACACCACUUAGAAGAACAAAAGAUCUAAAGAAACUAGCAUGUUUACAAUGAGGGGAAUAAGGAUUAAAAUUUAUAUAUAAUAAAAUUCGGAGAGGUCAUUCUAUAAAAACAGUAUACAGUCAAUUAGAAAAAGAGUGAAAAUGGUUUGAUUUGUUUGGGUUAAGGACAGUGUUUUGGAGAUUUUGAAUUCAUUGAUAAUCAAUCUUGGUUACAAAAUAGAAAUACUAUUAAAGAAAUAACCAGAUAAAUGGAUGCAAAAUCAACAACUGAAUCCUUGAUUCUCUCUUUACCAUUUCUAACUUAUAUAAGAAUUUAAGAGGAAUAUCACAGUUCAACCCUACAUUCUUUUUUAUCCACUUCAAAGUAGGUUGUUAUUUAGAGAAUGAAAAUAUUACAGUAGUAAAUUAUAAAUAAAAAAAUAAAAUUAGAUGAAGAAUCUGAAAGGAAGGAGGAAUUGUCUGAACUUAGAAUGUUUAAAGAUUAAAAAUAAGAAGAAAAAUAACCUUAGAUUGUAAAUGACACAUCUAAAAUUCGUCAUUCCAACAAUCCUUACAUUUCAUUAAUGGGAACAAUUAAAAACAAUAAAAACAAAGAACAUUAAUAAUAGCCAUCCUUAUAAAUAGAUUAAAUUGCGAAUCACUUUUCUUAGAAAUCUAUACUAAUGAAAUUUGAUAGAGGACACAAAAUAUUAUUAUUGAAGAAAUUGCGAGAUGCCUCAAUAUUGCCAGAUGUUAAAGACAAUUUCAUCUAUUAAUAGUCAACAGUAAGAAGUAGUUGUUCCAGAUUGAGAAUGAAUAAAAAAUAUUAAUAGAAUAAUCAACAAGACAGUGUUACCAUAAUCAAGCCCUUUGUUAAUUCUAGAUCUCACACUCCUGAUUCCUCAGUGGUAUUGCAAAAUGAGUUUAAAACAUAAAAUGAAAUCAAUAAGUGCUAGAGAGCAUUUACAUUCAAACUUAAUGAUUUUCAUAAUUUCAAAGUUUCAUCAAAUUCUGUUGGAUAUUCGCGAUCAAUAUCAUAAAUGAGUAUAAGUAGAAGUAGUAUUAAUCGCAAAUCCCCGAGUAAAUAUAAAUUCGAAAUUGAAUAUGAAAAAAACUAAUCAUAAUCUCCAUAAAAAUAACCUAAAGUUGAGAUUGACUUAUGCGUUUAUGGGAAAUAAUGA